AUGGAGUCUCUCCGUUCCUCUAUUGAGGGUUCACAACCGCCAAGCAAGCGCCAGAAACGAAAGACGGUCGCCUGUCGUCGUUGCCACGAUCAAAAGACGAAAUGUGAUGGCGAAAAGCCUUGUAAGAACUGCUUGCAAGCAGAUAAGCCUUGUGAUUAUCCUAUGCGAGACAGAAAAGUCACGGUCAAUGAAAGUUACAUACAGCAACUACUUGAUGAGAACGAGCGUCUCAAGCGGGGUGUAAACGAUGACACAAGCCAUGAAGAUACUACAGAGAUCACCAACGCGGAUGAUGAGAGGCGAGGAGACAAUCCUCUCAUCGAGAAAGAGGCAUGGUUCAUGCCUUACGAUCCCAGUCCUAUCUAUAUAGGCGAGGCUGCUUGCACAGGCUUCUCAACAAGAGUUCGACAGCUCCUGGUGAGUGUUGAGGCCGAAAGUCAUAUCCCGAGAACUUCUUUCAUCAAAGAUGCUCAAUUGGAUGCUGCACUGAACACAACUGCGCAAUGGCCCAGCAGACCUCAGGCUUUCCUGUUGGUCAAUACUGCUCUUAACACAAUUGGCAAGUGCUACCAUCUGUCUCCUGCUUCUGCGGUACGGACCACGCUCGAUCGUGCUUACCAAGAUCUGCGAUCUCUUGACCAACUAGCAGUCUGCAAACUGUUUAUACUAUUUGCGCUUGGAGAGGCUUACGCUAUCAGGUCGCCAUUAGAUAGCGCAGGAACCUUACCUGGGCUUCACUACUUUGCAAGAGCCAAAACCAUCUUACGAGUCGUUCCGGAACGACCAAAGAUCGAUCAUAUCGAGAUUCUGGUAAUGUUUGCUUUGUACAACUCAGUCAUGAAUAGGCGACACAGUGCUUUCCGUUACAUUGGAUCCGCCAUGAGACUGGGUCUCACGAUAGGAAUGUACCAGAACAUGGCCGAGCGACAGUUACCUGACAAAGCUGCGAGACAACGCAGAGUUCGUCUUUGGUGGACAAUGUAUGUCCUAGACAGAAUGAUGAGCUCAAAAGUCGGAUAUCCUACACUCCUGAAGGACGAAGACGUUGAGGUAGAUCUUCCAACCGACGAAGGCCUGACAGAGGCACAAAAGGACGAUUUCAUCGAUGCCGAUUACCUCACUGCUAGUAUCAGUCUAGCUCGCAUCGCUGGUGGCAUCAUUGGCAGUUUAUACAGUCGAAGGAAGCUCCCUGACACUUUUUCACAACGAGUGCAAGCUGUCUUCCGCAAGCUUCGAGAUUGGGUCGAGGCCCUACCUCCGAGCAUGCAAUUGCGACAAGAAGAUGCUUCAAGCCAAGUUGCACGACACAUCGUAAUGUUGCAUCUAUCAUUCAAUCAGUGUGUCAUAUUGGCAACUCGGCCGAUACUGCUGUAUGUCUUCAGGAUUUCAAACAAGAUUGGAGGCGCGACAGAAGAAAUUUCCCAAGCCACUUUGGCAUUAGCAUCGACGUGCUCACAUUCCGCGGGCCACAGCUAUCGAUUGCUGAUGCGGAGCUGGGUGAAUGGCUCUUUCUUCACCCUUGAUUACCUCUCUGCUCAAUAUCUCUUCGCUUCAGCAACCGUCUUGGCAUUAACGAGUCUUUCUUCUGACAGUCUUGCAAAGUCUCAUCAGAACGACACAGAAUCGGCCACCCAUCUGCUACGUCAACUAAGCAUGCUAGGCAAUCUGGCAGCCUCAGAAUUCUGUACACAUCUAGAUGCUGUGCUGAGAUCAAUCGCCACCUUUAAAGCCUCCAGAGGUGAAUCUAGCGAAGCCUCGGCCAUGGUACAGGCUGGUCCUGCGGCUGCUCGUCCAGAUACUGUUACUACCGAGAUGGCACUUUUUGGGCCAUUGGUAGGUGACUUUUUGACACAGACAGAUACCGAGCUUGGUGUGCCUUUACUUCUUGAUGACAGCGCUUUGGACUGGAGUGCGUGGGCCGGCGUUUUAGCCGAUCAAGAGCCCACUCCUGGGCACAUCAAUAUUGGACUUUGA